AUGUGUACUAAUACGCUGCCUAUGCGUGAGCUCCUCGCAAAGCGCCACAUGAUUGAUUAUGAUGCCCGUCCCUGGUGCAACGCCGAGGUUGAAUCGGCUUCUCACGCAAUCUUUGAUUGUCCGAGAGUAAGAGAUCUAUGGGUUGAAUGUGGCUGUACAAGCAUGACAAAUUGGAAGGAUGCGGACUCGAUGUGUGAUCUCGUUACAAGCUGGGGCAAAUUAGACUCAAAAACAAAGCAGAAGGGUGUUUUUCUUGCUUGGUGUAUUUGGGGCGAAAGAAAUCGAAAGGUUUUUGAGAAUAAAUCCACCCCUGAUUCUGUUCUUGUUGGUAGAGUAAUGAGGUAUGUUGAUGAGCAGGGCAAGUAUGCAAAUUCUAUUUACAGAGGAUUACCAACGAGGGCGAAGACCAGCCCAAAAACUUGGCAACCACCACCUCCUUACUUCAUCAAAUUGAAUGUUGAUGCUGCCAUUUCUGAAGAUGGGUUGGUCGGGCUUAGGGUCAUUGCUCGAAACCAGCAAGGGAAUGUUCUCUUCUCUACCACCAGCAGGGUUCGGGCGAGUUGGAGUGUCGAAGUGGCUGAGGCAAAGGCUAUUGCGCUUGCUGCCAGAUUGGGGAAGAGGUAUGGUUUACGGAAUGUGAUUUUGGAGACUGAUUGCUUGACAAUUACAAACCGCCUAGAUCGAGACGCUUUCUUUCUGUCUAAGUUGGAUACGGUACUAGGAGAUAUUCUCCAUUUUUGUUGCUCGUUUAAUAUUGUUAGAUGGUCUCAUGUAAAAAGAGAUGACAAUUUUGUUGCUCAUCACUUAGCUAGGGUUUUUACUUCCGAGGCGAACCAUGUUUGGGAUUGCCCUUUUCCACCGGAAGUGACCCCGUAUGUACUUAUGGAUAAACUCACAUUAAUAUAA